AUGAGAUUAGUCGUUUGUGCUUUACUUUUAUUUUCAACUGUAAUAGCUAUUCCCAAGAAGCAAAUCUUACUUGGAACAAAAUAGGAUGAACCAGUCAUUACUUAAGAAAUUAAGUCAAGUGAUGUAGAAUAAGCACCUUAAUAAUAAACUGAUGUUCAAUAAGAUGAAUAAAGGAAUGAAUUUAAAUAACAAAAUACUGACUAGAGCGAUAAUGAGAGGAGUUUAAUAGAGCAGCUCUCUUAGUUUCAAAACUACUUCGAGAUUUUGUUAUCGAAAUAACAGUAGAUUGGAGUUUUCUUAGUGUGUAUAAUUUGUUUUGCCUUUUAUUUGAUGAUAAAAUUAGAAGAUAGAAAUGUAAAGAAGAAGGAGCAUAAUCCAAAGAGAAUGAUUAAAAGGCAGUGUUAAGAACACAAUAUUUUUAUAUUGACUGAUUCAUUAUAUGAAAAAAAAUAUACAAAUUAACCAUUGAUUUCUACAAUUUUUGGAUCAAUUAAUUACGAAGAACAUCUUUUUAGAAAUAAAUCAUCUGAUGAUCUGAAAAAUAAGUAGCAGAUUCCCAUUAUGAGGAGAUCCAAUUCUUAGCCAUUUCUGAAACAAUAACAUCCAGAUUAUUCGGCUGAAGAAAUACACAAUUUAUUGAAGGAUAUUAAUUGA